UUAGUCCUUCCCCCUAAAUCGACGCAUUUGUUACUUGGUUUCUGUGAGUGUUCGUGAACCACUCAACGAACUCGACUCUGUGUGGCACAUUAUCUCAAUUCUCAAAGCAAAUCAACAAACAAUGUUGAACUCCACCCCCACCUCCUUCUACCGCACCACCACUCUCACUCCCUCUCCUCUUCUCUCCACUCCUCUUCCUUCUUCUUCUUCUUGCACCCAUCAUCAUUCAUGUCUACACCCCCGCCACUUCUCCUUCCACUCACAACCUCUUCGCCUAAGCAACCUCCGCUGCCACACCCAUUUGCCAUCAACCCCAAAGAAGACAUUCAAACUGAAUUGUUCCAUCAGCGAGCCUCUGAAGGUGAUGAUAUCAGGUGCACCUGCCUCGGGCAAAGGCACGCAAUGUGAAUUGAUUGUCCAAAAGUUUGGAUUGGUGCACAUAUCAACAGGGGAUUUGCUAAGAGCAGAGGUAGGGGCUGGAACUGAAAUUGGAAACAAAGCAAAGGAGUUCAUGAACGCAGGUCAAUUGGUUCCUGACGAAAUUGUGACAGCUAUGGUGGCAGCACGAUUGACUCGCGAAGAUGCAAAGCAAACUGGGUGGCUUCUUGAUGGGUACCCUCGGAGUUAUGGCCAAGCCCAGAGUUUGGAGAAAAUGCAGAUACGACCCAAUGUGUAUAUCGUACUAGAUGUUCCUGAUGAAAUUCUGAUCGACAGAUGCGUUGGUAGAAGGCUAGACCCAGUGACAGGGAAGAUAUAUCAUCUUAAGUUUUUUCCACCGGAUACUGAAGAAAUUAAAGCAAGGCUGAUAACUCGACCUGAUGACACUGAAGAGAAGGUCAAAUCUCGCCUAAACAUAUACAAGCAAAAUGCAGAAGCAGCAUCUUCCGUUUACUCAAGCAUAACACAUAAGAUUGAUGGAAGCCAAUCAAAAGAAGCAGUUUUCAAAGAAAUUGAAUCUUUAUUAUCUCAAUUGCAACAGGAUAAAGUGAAAAUAAUGAAAUCAGAAGAAAAACCAAUUCCUGAUACAAAGAAAGAACGGACAUCUCUGAGCCAGGAUAAUUGGAGAGGGAUUCCUACUAGACUAAAUAACAUUCCGCAUUCUCGAGAAAUCAGGAAAUAUUUCUAUGAUGAUGUGCUACAAGCUACACAGAGGGCUAUCAAUGAUGGAAAAACUAGGGUGAAGGUUGACAUCAACAUUCCUGAACUGAACCCAGAAAUGGAUGUUUAUCGAAUAGGUACCUUGAUGGAACUUGUUCGAACUCUUGCCCUUUCUUUUGCUGAUGAUGGAAAACGGGUUAAGGUUUGUGUACAAGGGUCAAUGGGAGAAGGUGCUCUUGCUGGAAUGCCGUUGCAGCUUGCUGGAACUCGUAAGAUUUUAGAGUUCAUGGAUUGGGGUGAUUAUGGAGCAAAAGGAACCUUCAUCAAUAUUGGUUCUAUAGGUGCUGCAGAGGUUGAGGAGGAAGAUGACAUGUUUAUCUUGGUGGCUCCUCAAAAUGCUGUAGGGAAUUGUAUUAUUGAUGAUCUAAGAGCCAUGACCAAUGCUGCUGAACACAGACCAGUUAUACUAAUCAAUGCUAGGCUUAAGGAUUUGCCUGGUUCUAGUGGUAUAAUGCAAACAAUGGGGAGGGACCAGAGACUCAAGUAUGCAGCAUCAUUUGAAAGUUGCUACUUCUUUCGGCUUCUGUAUUACGCAGGAACCCAGUAUCCCAUAAUGGGAGCUAUCAGGAUGACUUAUCCAUACCAAUAUGAGCUGUACAAGAGGGUAGAUGAGUCACCUGGAAAGGAGAAGUAUGCUAUUUUGUCUACCUUUCCAGAGAGGCCUACUACAGAUGAAAUUAAUGAUGCUUUUGAAGGAAAACCAAGUAAGGAUCCUAGAAAAACCUCAGGGAUUUGGGGAUUCUUGAAUGGCAUACUCUGAGCUAACUGGAAAGCAAUGGAAAAGUGUCAGUGUAUGAUUUUCUAAAUUAUCAUUGAAGAAUGAUGGCAAUCAGCUGUGUGAUUGUAGAUAGUACCCAAGUCAGAGCUAGUAGUUCAACUUGCUGGUGGUGGAGCAGCUUGUUUAAAAUUGAGUGUAGAUGACAGGGAAAUGAAGAUUAGAAAAAAAAAGACUUGUCAAAUGAUAAAUGAUUCAAGAUUUAAGGGACCAGGAGGAACAACUUUGUUUAUAAACAACUACAUCAAUAUUUUUCACCAAAAAAUAAAAUAAAAUAACUACAAUAUUUAUUAUGAAGCUCAAAUAGCAAUUGUAUAGACUUUUUGUAGCUAUGAAUCAAUUAUUUUUCUUGUGGUUACGUGAAGGGUGAGGUACAUGUACGAGUAUUAUAACUUCUGGAUAGUUAAAUACUCAAUUAUAUGCAAGUUGCUUUCCAACUCGUAUUUCUUUAUA